CUUCGCUCGCUCACUUCAUUUCUCCCUUUCUUUUGUCACUCUAGUCCAGUUAGUGCCUAUAAAGAAAAGGGUAUUAGCGAAUGACAAGAUUUGGAUUUUUAUAAUUGUAUAAUGACCACAAGCUUCCAUCUUCUUCUUAUUUGAGGGAGAUGGCUUUGCUUCAACAAGUGACUGAAGAGGUACAAGCACCUUCUUUAAAUAUGCUUGAUGGUCUUUUUUGUGAGGAAGAGAGUAGUUGUUUGGAGGAUCAGACUGUUAAUGAAUUUGAGGAUGAAAAAUGUAAAGAAGAGGACUCGGCUUUGUCAUCUCUUGCUGUUGUUGAGCAUGACUUGUUUUGGGAGGAUUCUGAGUUAUCCUAUUUGAUUUCUAAGGAAAAUGAGACUCGUGCGCAUUGUAGUGACUUCAACUAUGAUGGGUUUUUGGUGUGUGUUCGUGAAGAGGCUAUGGACUGGAUUUUCAAGGUGAAGGCUUUCUUUGGCUUCAAAGCUUUGACUGCUGUUCUUGCUGUCAAUUACUUUGAUAGGUUCGUUUCAAGCUUCAAGUUUCAAAGAGACGCGCCAUGGAUGGGUCAACUUACUGCUGUGACUUGUUUGUCACUCGCUGCCAAAGUUGAGGAGACCCAAGUCCCACUCCUUCUGGACUUGCAAGUAGAGGAAUCAAAGUAUGUUUUUGAAGCAAAGACUAUUCAGAAAAUGGAGAUUCUGGUGCUUUCCACACUUGAUUGGAGGAUGAAUCCGGUGACACCAAUUUCUUUCUUUGAUUUUAUCGUAAGAAGGCUUGGUUUGAAGACUCACCUGCGUUGGGGGUUCAUGAGUAGGUGUGAGUGCUUGCUUCUCUCUGUCAUUGCUGACUCAAGGUUUAUAGCUUAUCCUCCUUCUGUAUUGGCUACUGCUACAAUGCUACAUGCUAUUAAGGAUGUUGAGCCACUUAAUCAUGUGGAAUACCAAACUCAGCUUAUGAGUGUGCUCAAAAUCAGUGAGGAUGAAGUCAAUGAGUAUUACAUGCUCAUCCUGGAAGUAGCUAGUAGCCAUGAAAGACGCCACAAACGAAGGAAUCUAUCUCAGUAUAUACCUGGAAGCCCAGACGGCGUUGUUGAUGCAUCUUUCAACUCUGAAGACUCACAUGAUUCAUGGACAUCAUCAUCAUCAUCAGUCUCAUCCUCGCCUGAGUCUCGAUUCAAAAGGAGCAGAGUCCAUGUUCAACAGAUGCCACUGCCUUCAAUGAAUAUGCUUGUGGAUGAGCUUAGCAGCCAGCAUUAAUCUAUCUCUGCCCUAGUAUCCACUGUAGAACAUGUUAUUAUAUUAUUCCUCUUUUAGUAUUAUCGUUGAGGCGCAAAUAACUUUGUAUGUCAUGCUUUAUUUAUUGUUGUCUUUCUAGCCAAAACUUUAAUAUGGAAUCAAUGAAAGACAAGCUAAAAUUCUCUCUC